CAUUCUGGGGAUAGAUCUGGAGGAUGGCAGAGUCUUUUCGAUCUGAAUGUUGGUUGAACUGGAUAUUAAGUUGGAAAUAACUUGCCAUGUCAAAUUAUGGAAUGAUAGAGCAAUUUAUUUAUCUGUUCAAGAGUGGAAGUGUGAAAUCAACAGUGUAAACAUGUCGGUGUGUGAAAAGUAUGUUUCCUCCUGUUUCUCUGUAGAUCUGACGAUGUCUCACUCAGGCGCUCAAGGCAGCAUCGGCAGCCACUCUGCCAUGGGGCUACCUAAUCAUAAGAUUUACCUCUAUGAAUUUGAAAACUUCCAAGGCCGUAAAAUGGACCUAAUCGCGGAGUGCCGCAACCUCUGCGAACAGGGUUUCGAAAGAAUCGGCUCCCUACGGGUAGAGAAUGGGCCCUGGGUAGGCUUUGAGCAACAAAACAUGACUGGUGAGAUGUUCAUGCUGGAGAAAGGAGAGUACCCUAGAUGGGACACUUGGUCCAACAGCUAUCGAUGUGACCGUCUUAUGUCCAUCAGACCAGUAAAAAUGGACCCCCAGGACCACAAGAUUUGCCUGUAUGAGUGCACGAAUUUCGAAGGUCGCAAGAUGGAAGUGUGUGAUGAGGAUAUACCAAGCCUGUGGUCUUACGGCUUCCAGGACCGCGUCGCGAGCGUCCAGGUCACUGGUGGAACGUGGGUGGCCUACCAGUAUCCUGGCUACCGUGGUUUCCAGUAUGUCAUGGAAAUAGGCUCUUUCAAGCACUGGAAUGAGUGGGGAGCCCACCAUCCCCAGAUUCAAUCCAUCCGUCGGGUGAAAGAUAUGCAAACACACCGCAGAGGCUGCUUUGAGUUGACUGCGUAGAGCCGGUUUUGGGCAAAAGGGUCGCUCGCGCUUUAUUGCAAGUCACUUGCAAAGUCUUCACUGAUCACGUUCCUGUGCAAAGUACAUCUUUUCUGAAUAUUGUUACUGAUUUUGUCAGCACAGUUUGGGAGUAAGUACAGCUUCCCCGGUAGCUGCACUAUUGGUAAAAUGCAGCAGGUAGCAAUGCUCUCUGUCUCCAGACCUCAUAUGAACGGUAAUAGGAUUUUCUGUAUCAGGUUUCCAUGACAGUUUGUUUCAGUGCUUAUUUUUUCAUUAAUAUCGAUGCACUUAUGUGUGUCCUGAACAAUAAUGUCAAUCAACUCGCACAGCACAAUGUUGAGUUAUAGUCAUUCCGCACAACUGUAUAACCAUGGACAGAUCUGCAUAUGCCGCCCUGUAGUCGAUAUCUUCUCAGAAUAACACACGGGACCUCAGGAGG